AGGGGAGGGACGCUGGGACAGGUGGAGCUGCUCAGUGUGGCUGGAGCAGGAGCGCAUGACGGACACGUUUGCGGUGCCGGGCCGGUGGAUUUGUCAGCUGACGGGGAAGGAUGUUCUGGUCGGAGCAGCUGUCCGUGACACUGUGGAUUUUCUCUUUUCCUUGAAGCCGAGGCCUGAUUCUGAGAGGGCGCAGAGAGGACUGUCAUGGCACUGACGGCGUUCUGGAGCUUGCUGGGGCAGAAGGGCCAGAGCAAGCAGCCCGCUUCGGUGCCUCUGCACCAGGAAGACGAUGACUCGGAGGAUGACCAGGAUGCCCCGAGAGGAAGACAUGAGCUGAACCGGAGGAACUCGCGGUUCUACAAGUCCAUGAGGAAGAAGAAAGAGGAGAUGCAGGCCCGUAAUAACGCUGCAAAGCAAAGCCCAUCUCAGUCGCCCCGGCGAUUCCGGGAUGUCACUCCCAGCAAAACAAAACCCUCCCCAGCCCCCGCUGUGCCUACGUAUCAUGUGCACAAAAUAUCUAGGACCCCAAAUCCAUGCAGUCCGUCCUCGCCCGCCCAAUCUGGAACUGCGUUGCCAAGCAACGGGGAGUCCAGGAGCCCGCGCGCAUCAGAGAACGGAGCCGCACCCCCCUCGGCGCCGGAACUGAGGGGGGGGCCGGGGGGGGCGGUCUCAGCGCCGAGCAACGGGAGGUACGGACCCUCGAGUCGCGGAGGACACUCCAGGACGACGCGUCGCAGCGAAGAGAUGAACAGCCUCGCGGACCGCAUGUCUUCCUGGUCUGCGAUGACCCCUGAACCCAGUGCCCCCUCAGAGCCCCCGGGCAGCCAGGGCGUGGCAGACCUGGACGGGAUAAACCUGAGACUGAACAACGGGGAAAGCGCACAGAAGCCGGACAGAGGAGAAACGCGCUCCCGCAGCAUCAAGAUCGUCCGGAACGUGGCGUUCCUGUAUCAGGAGUACAGGGACACCUCCAAGCAGCAGGAGAUCCAGCAGAGGAGGCAGCAGGAUGGCAUGCAGGGGGGCUUCGGGGCCGGGGCCGGGGGAGGGGGCCCGGCUCUGCCCACCCUGCAGCUGCAGCUGAGGAGUGCGGCGCAGUCGCUGUGGCAGAACCUGGACGUGGUGCGCGAGAGCGGCCUGCUCUCCAGGCUCUCCCAGAGAGAGAUCAUCAUGCAGGAGGCCAUGUUUGAACUGGUGACCUCAGAAGCAUCCUACUACAAGAGUCUGGAGCUGCUGGAGACUCACUUCCUGAAGAACCCUGUCCUGGCAAACACCCUGAACCAGUCUGACAUGCAUUUCAUCUUCUCCAACAUCAAGGACAUCAUGAAAGCCAGUGAAAAGUUUCUCAUGGACCUGGAGAACAGAGUGGAGCAGUCCAUCCAGCUCUCCGAUGUCUGUGACAUCGUCCACGACCACGCCCUCAAUCACUUCCACGUCUUCAUCAAAUACGUCAUCAAUCAAGCGUACCAGGAGAAGAACUACAGGCGAAUAUUACAGGAAAACACAGCUUUCCGUGAGACAAUCGGCCAGCUGGAGAACCAGCCCAGGGUGCGAGGCCUAUCCUUCCCCUCCUUCCUCAUCCUCCCCUUCCAGAGGAUCAUCCGUCUCAAGCUGCUGGUGCAGAAUAUCCUGAAGAAGGCAGAGGAGAACUCUGAGCGGGAGACCAAUGCUAUCAAGGCUCACCAUGAACUGGAGAAGAUCGUGAAAGAGUGUAACGAGGGGGUCAGGAAGAUGUGUCGUACAGAGGAGCUGAUCGGAAUCGAGAAGACGCUCGAGUUCAAAAGCAAGUCAGUGCCGGUCAUCUCCCACUCCCGCUGGCUGCUGAAGAAGGGUGAGCUGCAGAACAUGUCCGGGCCCAAGAGCACCAGAACCAUGCGGACCCACAAGCUCUACCAGCCCGUCUACCUCUUCCUGUUCAACAACCUGCUGCUGGUCACCAAGAAGAGUGGGGAGAAGUUCCAGGUGUUGGACUCCUGCCCCCGGGCGAUGCUCCGGACAGAGGACCUGGAUGACCAGGGCAAGUCGCUGGCCAACGUCUUCAGCCUGAAGAUUCUGGAGAACCAGGACGAUCGGCCUGUGACCUACAUGUUGAAGACCUCCAGCAUGAGUGACAAGCUGCGCUGGAUCUGUGCCCUCACGCCAAACCGCCGCGCACGUUUCAACAGCGCCCCCCAGCCAGACUGCCCCCAGGUGCAGUGUGUGCAGUCGUACUCCUCUCAGGAACACGAUGAGCUCUCCAUCGAGAUGGCGGACAUCCUCAACGUGUUGGAGAAGACGGACGACGGCUGGAUGAUGGGGGAGCGGCUUCAUGACGAGGAAAAGGGCUGGUUCCCCUGCAGGGUGGUGGAGGAGAUCAAGAACGAGGAGCUCCGGGCCCAGAACCUCCGAGAGUGCCAGCGGAUCCACCAGGUCCAGGGAGGAGGACCGGGGGCCAUCGCGGCAGGGUCCCGGGCCAGAAACACUGCCAGAGUCGCCACCCGGUCCCGGACGAGCCAGUUUCACGAGGACUAGAGCCUGGAGCUGAAAUCACCCGCCAGUCUCAACUUCCCCUGGGGAGUGAUCACGAAGGCCAACGCAAGGACGGUAGAGAAGGAUGUGACCUUCUACUGGAAGGAGGAACAAUGCUAAUAUUCCACUCUACUAGUUUCUCCAGAUGUACCAAUGUCAAAUGACUUCCUUUCAAGUUGGAACGCCAAAGUUUGGUUACAUGGUUGUUAUUGGAUUGGAGUUAUUGAAUGAGAAGCCAUCCUGCUCCAACUCCAAAGCCGAGAAUGCAUUGCCCCCACAACGAACUUUGAUCUUUAGCACUGACGGUUUACUAGGUUUUAUAAUGACUUCAUGCAAAGACUGAAUGAGAAGAUAGGUAUGCACCAAUCAAAGGUGAGACGGAAAGAGCAAGAGAACAUGUUUUGAGGAAGAAGAGUUAUGAACAUCUCAGCCAUUUGUACAGAUAUGUCAAACUGCACUGCAGAAUUCUUUAAUUACUAUACAAGCUUAAACGUGUCAAGUAAAUUUAGAAAAUUACACCAAAUGUAUUUCACAAACAAACAUCUAUUAUUCAAUGGAGUGAUUUUUUUUUCAUUGUAUCCAUAAAAGAAAAAUGAAAGGAAUUCAUGAAAUAAUGCAGAGUAGAAGAAUACAGAAGAGCCCAAGAGAUUUGCACACACAAUGAACCAUGCAUCCAGAUGCAAGAUCCCCUGACAGCACUAGGAUAAAUUUUACACAACUGGCUAUGAUAAUCCUGCACUAGUCUGAUGACGCCUUUUGGAACAUCAGGAUACAAUGUACCAUAAUUGUUGCUGUAUUCUGCAUGUAGUAUGUGAAUGUAAGCACAUGUGAGAAUGUAUAUAUAUAUACAGUAUGGUAUAUACACAAUGCCAAUGCCUGGAAAAUAAUUACAAAAAUCGUUAUGUCAUUGUAAGAAGUAAUUUAUUGUUAAUAAAAAAAAAACUAAUUUGAAA